ACAGUGGGUGACCUGGCAGGCAGAGCUGCUGUGGUCAGCUGUGGAAAGGAAGCCUCACUGCCACCAUGAACUUCUCCGGCAAGUACCAACUGCAGAGCCAAGAGAACUUUGAGCCCUUCAUGAAGGCAGUAGGUCUGCCUGAAGACCUCAUCCAGAAAGGGAAAGACAUCAAAGGGGUGUCAGAAAUCGUGCACGAAGGGAAGAAAAUCAAACUCACUCUCACUUACGGGCCCAAAGUGGUUCACAAUGAGUUCACCUUGGGAGAGGAGUGCGAACUGGAGACCAUGACUGGGGAAAAGGUCAAGGCAAUCGUUAAGAUGGAAGGUGACAAUAAAAUGGUGACAACUUUCAAAGGCAUAAAGUCCGUGACUGAACUCAAUGGAGACACAAUCACCAAUACCAUGACACUGGGCGACAUUGUCUACAAGAGAGUCAGCAAGAGGAUUUAGACAAGGCUGUAUUUCAUAUUCUUUUACAAUGUAAAAUUGAUACAAUAAAGUUACCUUUGUUUUGAAAUAA